AUGACUGCACCCACUGCACCUGCCGCUCCAAACUUUGAAGAUCAGAUUCAGCUAGAUGAGAAGGAUCAGGGCCUGCUGGAUCACUUCAUUCAAACUGCUCUACCAACCAUCUUCCGCAUCAUUGAGUCCGAUCGGCACCGCUCAGAGUGCACCGAUCUAAUUCUCGCUGCUCUCCGAUCCAAUAGCACCUACCUUCACUGCUGCCUCGGCGUCGCUGCCCGACACCUCAAAUCACAUACCAAUAGCUCGGCCCUUACUGAGGACAUUGACCAUGACAUCAAGCGUCAUCUCUAUGCUACCGUCUUGGGUUUUUGCAACGCUCUGAAGAAGGAUGAGAACCACCAGCAAAUUCUCGAGGCAACCCUGGGCCACAUCUUCUUCCAGUCUGUCGUUAGCCGCCAUGACGAUGGCUUCCUCGACCCUUCUUGGGACCAGCACUUCCAGUCUGUUGUCAGCUUGGUACAAAAGCUUGACCUCCAUAAUCUUGUCUCUGGUCCUGACAGGGCCUCGACGCAAACUCUCUUCAACAUAUCUCUCUGCUCAUGGGUUGACAUUCUUGGUGCUACUAUGAAGGGUCGAGCACCCGAAUUUUGCCACACUUACCGUAAAAAGAGAGACUCCCUGAUGAACCCCAGCCCUGGCCUACGUGAGUACCUCAUUGUUGGGGUCACUUGCCUCGAACCUUCCAAGAAUGACGGCAUGGACAACCUCACACUAUGCCAGCUCGUAUCUGCCCUUGAUGAGAUCUUCAACCCCAGCCACAGCCCUAGCCCUGGUCUGCGUGAGCUUAUGGGUUGUGAUGACGGGGUAAUGUACCUCAUUUCUGAGAUUGCUUGCCUCGAGUCACUCAAGAAUGACGGCAUGACCAACUUCACACUUGGUCAACACGUUUCUGUCCUUAAUAAGACCUUUUUGACCAAGAUGAAAGAAAUUGGCUCCAAAAUGCCCAUCACUGCUGAUGGCAGCCUUUCACCUAAGCAGCUCUCCGACGGCAUAACCUUGGCUUUCUGUAUUGCUGCUCGCAUAUUCCUUCAAGUUCUCCUCCCUGGAUUCAACCCCAGACAGGUUACCUGUACGGACCUGGUUGAGGAGCUUACAGCAGUCCUUCGACACAUCCCCUCGGGCCCCAAUGGAUUUGACCGCAACGUUGCUUGGGUCUACCUCAUUGGCGGCUCCGUCAGCGUUCCUAGUAGCACGUUCCGAGCCUUCUUCGAGUAUCGUCUGGCUCAACUGGGCGACUCGGCUAGAUCUGGCACCAUGGAACGUCUAGCCACUGUCUUGCACGAGGUGUGGAUUCAGAACGAUAAUCUCUCGGACGUCAGCACAUCCGGGUCCACGACGUCUGAGGCAGGUCAGCCCUAUAUUCACUGGCGAAAAGUCAUGGAAUUGAAGGGUUGGAACUUCCUGAUUUUCUGA